AUGGCGGCCUCGCCAGCAAAGAGCACCAGCGCCGCCACGGACUCCCUGACGCCCUCGAGCUCCAACGCGUCGAAGGGCCAGCGCGGCCUCAACAAACCCAAGUGCAUAAAGUGCGGCAAUGUCGCUCGUUCCAGGUGCCCAUAUCAGUCAUGCAAGAACUGCUGUUCAAAAGCUCAAAACCCUUGUCAUAUACAUGUUUUGAAAGGCAACUCAUCCUUUCCAGACAAGCCACCCUCUUCCAGCUCUCCUCUAUUUGACCAGCAGUCACCUGAAGUAUCUCAUCAAGGGAAUGUUAACAGGCUUCGCCAACUUUCCAGCAGCUUUGCGCAGUUCAGCAAUUUACAGACACCACUGCGCUCAAGGAAGCCACUGACGAAAAAGGAUGCACAAGUCAUAAACGAAUGGAGGUUCUUGAAAUUGAAAGAAUUCAAAGACCGAAAUGUAGAGGCGGAAACUGAAGCCUUUGACCGCUAUACCCAAAACGUUGGUCUACUGGAAGAGGUUUUUCUGGUGAAUUCAUCAGCUGAUGACAAUCACAUGCAAGACCAUCCGCCGUCUGAGGUGAACUCGAGUCGUGAUGGACAGAAUACUGAGGGAAUUGUUCAAGGGCUGAAGAUGAGGCUUGGAUCAAAUCCAGUAAGAUCCGAAAACUUGAGGGUGAAGAUCCAACACAUUGUGGAUCAAGGAUUGAAGAGUCUGGGAAAGGCUGGGUUAGUUGGUGGCACGAGUGAUCUCGAUAUUGAUACAGACGGAUGCAGGAUAACAGCUGCUAAGAGGAUUAAGUCCUUGCAGGGUGAGAUGAGUAUUGCUUUAACCGAUCUUAAUGAUAAACUGAACAAAGCACGAAAUGAGGAAGACAUGCAAGCAUGCUGGGAGAUUGCACACCAGAUGUUUAGAUGGAAUAAUAAUUCCAAGGUGAGCUCAGUCGAAACUGGUGAGUCCAUUUUGGGCGAAAAGGAUCGUAAAUGUGAUACGUCUACACUUGAACAGUCACAUAACAAGUGGUUUGCCUCUACAACACUUGACCAUGAAGCUCUCUGCCAAAUCGAUGCACAAUUCUCUUCCCUGGAGGAGAUUGAAGAUUUGUAG